AUGGGGCUGACGACGAUCUUCUACUUUUUUUCAAUCUUCUGGGCUAUUCGAACCAUUCUAUUAUCCCGCAAUUCUUCACCUUUCGAUACCUCACAAUUUCAGGUCCACUCCCUCCCCGAUAGCCCCGCCCUACCAUCUAGUUGGGCCGGUCGACUACCGGUUCCGGGAAGACAGGGCAACGAGAUCUUCUUCUGGCUUUUCAAUGCAGAGAAUCCUGCAUAUGACGAUCAAUUAAUCGUUUGGCUAAAUGGCGGUCCCGGCUGCUCCUCCCUCAUAGGCCUAACAACAGGAAACGGUCCAAUAUCCUUCACCGACAACUCCACCCGCCUCAUCGAAAAUCCAUACUCCUGGACAAAACUAGGCAAUGUCCUCUACGUGGACCAACCCGUCGGUACGGGCUUCUCAACCGCCAGCUCACUCGUCCGGUCCAAUAGUCAAGUGACAAGAGACUUUGCAUUAUGGCUGCAUGCAUUCUUCGAGAAAUUCCCUCAUCUCCAAUCGAAGAACGUCCAUUUAAUCGGCGAGUCAUAUGCGGGUAUCUUCGUGCCCUAUUUCGCUAAUGCAUUGAUGGAGGGAACCGGAAACCAUUCAAAUUCAUUCUCUAUCAAGCUUCACUCAAUGUCGCUUGGUGAUGGGUCCUGGGGAAAUGCUGCGGCAAUGUCAUCCGUUGCAAUGGGGACAUAUAUGCAUUCACAGAAUAGUCUUCUUGGGGUUCCGAAUGAUAUUCUUUCGGCGUUUAGUUCUGCGGAUGAGGUUUGUGGGUUUGAUACAGUGCUGAACCAGGCAAAUAUUUAUCCACCUAAGGGGAAGAUACAUAUUCCUGGAAAUCCGGAGUAUAUCAAUUAUCGUCGGCGGCGAAGCUUAGGUCUUUCAUCUCGAGACAAUUCUGAUCUGGGUAUUCUGGGUGGAACUUGUGAUGAAGCGCCUUCUACUCCGGAAGAGGUGUUUUAUUCUAUUUUGAACUCAACAUGCUACGGUCCCUGUGCAUCUUUUUCAACAGCAGAGAACUAUAUGUAUGCGUCCUCGGCGAAUGGCUCGGGUCCUUCAUGCUUCAGCAUUUACGAUCUAACUUACGACUGUUCAACUGUUAACCCGAUCCCGCUAUUAGAGGACUAUUUCAGUCGACCGGAUGUGCAAUCUGCUCUACAUGUUGGGGAAAGUGGAGUAUACACGGCUUGCAACGGGACUAUUCUCUCCACACUCGAGGAUAACGACUUUGUCGAGCCGCCGGAGUAUUCUCUUCUCCCUUCAUUGGUCACGAAGCAUAAUAUCUCUCUUCAUAUUUAUAAUGGGGAACUGGAUAUGCUGAUCAAUCAUAUCGGAACACAACUUUCAAUCCAGAAUAUGACAUGGAGAGGUGCACAGGGGUUCCAAAGCAAGCCCAGCAGAUCCUUUUAUGUUGACGAUGCGGCGCCAAUUGCUGGUAUGGAAAAUGAUACUCUUUCGACUAAUAGUAGUGCUAGGACUGGGAUCUGGACUGUGGAGAGGGGGGUGUCUUAUCAUCUGUUUGAAGGGGCUGGGCAUAGCGUGUUUGCGACGAAGCCGCAGGAUAUGUUCUCUUUCGUACGGGAUGUUGUGAUUGACGGGAGGACAGGUUAG